AUGCCAACAACAAUGCAAGAACGAGAUAAUGAAAUUGAUAUAAAUUGGUUGGCACAAGACCUUGAUGUAACGUCUAAUAGAGAAUCAUCAUGGGAUAUGAUUAUUUGUCAUGAAAAUGAAUUAACUUUAGAAUUUAUUUCUAGUAAUAUUAAACAAGAAGCCAUUGAAACAGCUUGGAGAGAUUUGGGAGCUGGAUUUUGA